AUGGGUGACUAUGAAGGCGCUUUGGCAAAUAGCAAGGAAGGUAUUGCAAUUCAAGAGCCGUUAUUGGGCAAGAAUCAUCCUGAUGUGGCAACAACCUACUACAACAUUGCUGCUCUUUUGGAUGACAUGGGUGACUAUGAAGGUGCCUUGGCAAAGUACAAAGAGUGUCUUGCCAUUUUUGAAUCAGCAUUGGGUGAGGAUCAUCUCUCAGCGGCAAGCACCCACAACAAUAUUGGGCUUGUACUGAAGAAUAUGGGUGACCAUGAAGGUGCAUUGUCAAAGUACAAGGAAACUCUUGCCAUCCAAGAGGCAGUAUUGGACAAGGAUCAUCCUGAUGUGGCAUGCAGUUACAACAAUAUUGGUUCAGCAGUGCAGCAUAUGGGUGACUAUGACAGUGCUUUGGCAAAUCACAAGAAAGCUCUUGCCUCUAGAUUGUCAGUAUUGGGCAAGGAUCAUCAUGAUGUGGCAAGUAGCUACAACAAUAUUGGGCUUGUUCUGUGGAAGAUGGGUGACUUUGAAGGUGCACUGCCGAAGUACAAGGAAUGCCUGCCAUUCAAUUGUCAGUAG